GAACGGCGUGCUGGAAUUGGCGCUGGUUGGAGGAUGUCCAGCUCAAGAAUUGACGAGGACUCGGCCUCCACGUCGGCGCCCACGGCGCUCUCCGAGAACUGCUCAGGACUGACAACGUCGUAUUCCACUCGUCGGGAGAACACAUGCGCGCCUCCACGCUCGCGGGCUGAUCUGGGAACGCCGUCAAGGCCGCCACAGGCAGCUCAGGGCGUCAUACCCGCAGGCGAUGGUUUCGCGGCGUGGAGCAACGCAGUGGCUGCUGUACUGGCCCGGCACGCAGCCACCCACGACGUCGGAGGCGCGUGGGCACUCCGCGCCGCCAGGGCGGCGCCGGCCGCCUGGCACCCGGGCCCCAGUGCGCGCGCAGUCUGGGCAUUGGCCUCCAGGCUGCGGUGGGCCACCCCGGGCACCCCGCCGCGGGCGGCGCCGCGGGGCGGCACGGGGCCCGGCGGCUGCUCGCGGGAGGGGCUCCGCGGUCCUGACGCAGAGAUCGGCGUGGCAGCCAAGAGGCAUCGACGAGGCCCUCCGCUUCUGCGCGAGGCAGCUUCGCAGGUCGCACUUCUUCCGGCUCCGCACGGUCAGGGUGCUUCCGCUGCCCGCUUGGAGGCUGUGCAGCUCCGCCGCGGCCUGCUGACCGGACGCGGGCCUCGGCGGUGCCCUCCUCGCCGGUUUCCGCGCGAGAGCCGCUCGGCACGCCCGCGCUUUGCAGCACGCCGCCCCAUCCUCUCCUCGAGUCGGUGUUUCGGCCCCUGA